GCCGAAGCGGCAGCCGAAGCCCGCCUCGGAUGAGGGCUACUGGGACUGCAGCGUCUGCACCUUCCGGAACAGCGCCGAGGCCUUCAAGUGCAUGAUGUGCGAUGUGCGGAAGGGCACCUCCACCCGGAAACCUCGCCCCGUCUCACAGCUUGUCGCACAGCAGGUCCCUCAGCAGUUUGUGCCCCCUCCCCAGUCAAAGAAAGAGAGGAAAGAUAAAGCAGAAAAAGAAAAAAGUGAAAAGGAAACAACUAGCAAAAAGAACUGUCAUAAGAAAACCAGACCAAGAUUAAAAAAUGUGGAUCGGAGUAGUGCUCAGCAUUUGGAAGUCACUGUUGGAGAUCUAACAGUCAUUAUUACAGACUUUAAGGAGAAAGCAAAGUCAGCGCCUGCGUCCAGUGCUGCUACUGGGGAUCAGCACAGCCAGAGCAGCUGUAGCUCUGACAACGCAGAGCGGGCUGUGUCUGGGUCCUCCUCGCCCCGCGGAGAAGCCUCGUCCCUGAAUGGAGAGUCUCACUGAACAUUCUUGCUCCACGUAGUCAUGCCUGUCCUCCAUGGAAACACAGAUUAUGCCAAGAACUACCACAUUUUCAUGACAGACGCAUCUAUGCCUAACCUAAAAUUUGAGUUUUUCAUGAAAUACGAAUUUUCCAGAAUUUAUUAGAUUUUACUGGAGUGUAAGCUACCGAACAUUUCCAGACUUAACAUUUUGGUCUCUGCUGUUAAAUGCCAUGAAAAUGUGGUUGAAUUAUUCAUUAUGCAGUGUUAUUGGUAAGUCUAUUUUCACUUAUAGUUUAGUGAAUUCUAACACAUAAUUAUUGAAUUCUCUACUAUUGGCAUGUAAUGAGUUUAAAUUUUUUAUUACAUAGUGCAAGCUGCCUAAAUAUGUAUUAUUUGAGAAUUGUGAAACAAAUAGUUAUAUGUAUGCAAGUCAAAGAUCAACUUAAUCAACUAUUGCUGCAACAGGAUCUUCUUAAUGGGUAUCCUCUUAAUGCACCUGCUGGUACUUGGUGUGGUUAAACAGGAAGUUGUUAUUAAAUAAAGAAUUUGUAUUGACCUUUGCCAAGGUUUUGACAUGUUUUUACUAAAUUAUUGUUUCUGAGUUAUGUUUUAUCCAUUUUUUGCAGUUUACGUUUGUUAGUUUGCUUACUUUUCAAAGCAUCAUUUUAUUGUACUAUUUACUAGUUGAAUAGUAAACAAUAAAACAUGGACUGUUUAGCUUUCUAAUUCAGGUCAGUGCUGUUGUCAUUGAACACUGGUAUUUCCUGUCCUCUCUAAGACAUUAAAGUUAAAGAAAUAGAAGCUCUGGCAGGAGCAGAAAAGAACUUGCUGUACUUGGAAAAGCUUUAACUUUAGCUUUAAUGAUAGUUUUAUCACUGUUUCCUUGUUCCAAACCUAUCCAGGGUCAUAGACGUGAAUCUAGUUAAUAUAAGCAUGGUAACUAUUAUGCAGAGCUGGGAAGUUAAUCCUAAGUCAGUUCAAUUGGCCUUUACUAAAUACAAUAAUUCGUAUGAAAAUCAUAGUACUCUAUUUCCAGAUACAGCCUUCAAUUUAUGCAUUUAUCAGUAUCUUGAAAUAAAAAGUAUUUACAGCCCCACUCACUUAUGUACGAUUACCAAUAAAAUAUUUUUUAUGACUUAA